CGGGCACUUGUCCACCACAGUCACUGACGUUGUGGUGAACUUUGCCGGUGUUGGACUACCCCGGACCCAUACCGUCAGCUCUGUUACAGUCGGAGAGUAUGGGCAGUGUGUUGGCUGCCGCCUCCCCCAGUCCUGCCCCAGCAGCGGCUGGAGGUAGUCAAGGGGUCCAAGGGUUGGCGUCCUUCCCUCCAGGGUUCACGAUGCCCCCACUGUCUUCCGUCCCUCCAACGUCUGGAUCUGGCCAGCAGAUGGCAGAUGCAGACCCCCCACUCCCAAACCCAGGCACAUAUGAGGAGUGCCACCGCAAAUGUAAAGAAGUGUACCCGCUGCAAAUGGAAGGGGUGCGGUUAGUGGUCAACAAGGGCCUAAGUAACCACUUCCAGGUCAGCCACACUGUUACCCUCAGUACCCUUGGCGAUUCUGGUUAUCGAUUUGGUUCCACCUACGUAGGCACUAAACAGACUGGACCAGCAGAGUCGUUUCCAGUCAUGGUUGGAGAUAUGGACAAUACUGGCAGUCUGAAUACCCAGAUCAUCCACCAGCUCGCAUCUGCUGUGCGCACAAAAAUAGCCAUCCAGACUCAGCAGCAUAAGUUUGUCAACUGGCAGUGUGACAUGGAGUGGCGUGGUGAAGACUUCACCUCCGCUGUGACGCUCGGGAAUCCAGAUGUACUUGUUGGAUCUGGCAUUUUGGUGGGCCACUAUCUCCAGUCUAUCACUCCAGCGCUGGCUCUCGGUGGUGAGUUAGUAUACCACAGGAGACCGGGGGAGGAAGGAGCGGUCACCUCCCUCUUAGGCAGAUACACGGGGGACAACUACGUUGCCACAUUGACUUUGGGCGGGGCAGGAGCUCAUGCUACUUACUAUCACAGAGCCAAUGAUCAGUUGCAGAUAGGAGUUGAAUUUGAAGCCAGCACAAAGAUGCAAGACACCACAACAUCCUUGGGUUACCAGUUGGACGUUCCCAAAGCUAACCUGCUCUUUAAAGGCACAGUUGACAGUAACUGGGUGGUUGGGGCGACACUUGAAAAGAAACUGCUGCCUCUGCCUCUCACACUGGCCCUGGGGGCUUUCCUCAACCACCGCAAGAACAAGUUCCAGUGUGGCUUCGGUGUCACCAUUGGCUAGAGGGGUGGAGGCUGCCUGGAGCCAUCUCGCAGGCCACAGCUUGGACAGGCACAGAGACACACAGGAACCUGGACUAAGUUUUAGGAAUUUGAUUCAGAGACUCUCUCACAACUGUGAUUUCUGGGGCAGACGGAGAGACAAAGGCAACUAUAAAGGAGCCAGGACUGGCUGAGCCAUGCCUACAUUCUGUAGCACAAAUGUCUUUCCUUUAUGGUGUAUUGGAUGAACCGAAAGGCUAGAGAGAUGUAUAUCAGAGGGCAUCAGUGAUGCAUGAGAACAUGUGAUGUGCAAAUCAAGUAAGUGGUUAGACAUAAUAUAUGGUGAUCAUGUAUGAUGAUUAAAUAAAUGUGAUAACUUUUUGUAAAA